GUCGUGGUGCGGUGAGUGGAGCCGCGGCGAGGCUGUCAACCAACGAGGGCUUGGUCAGCUCUUGGCGGUGACGAACGUUGAGGGUGCCAUGAGGCUGCCGUCGACUGCGAGACAUUUGCCUGCACCACAAAGUCUCUUCUGUCGUAUACCACGUAAUUCGCCGAGAACAGCAAAGCUACCGCAGCCGUAUAGCCGCUCUCUUCCUAUACAUCGCGACCCAGCCGCAACCUCAACACACAAUGGCGGACGCAUCCGCACAACCAAAGCCUAGCAGCAGCGUCAAGCUGGUGCUGCUCGGCGAGGCUGCCGUUGGAAAGUCUUCGCUCGUUAUGCGCUUCGUCAACAACGACUUUCAAGAGAACAAGGAGCCCACGAUAGGCGCGGCCUUCCUCACACAGAAAUGCAACCUGCCCACGCGCACAAUCAAGUUUGAGAUCUGGGACACGGCCGGCCAGGAGCGCUUUGCCUCGCUGGCGCCCAUGUACUACCGCAACGCCCAGGCCGCCCUCGUCGUCUACGAUAUCACAAAGCCCUCGUCGCUCACCAAAGCACAGCACUGGGUCGCCGAGCUGCACCGCCAGGCCUCGCCCGGCAUCGUCAUCGCCCUCGUGGGGAACAAGGCCGACCUGGCCACCGAGGGCGACGAGGGCAGCUCAGAGGACGCAGACGCAGCGCCCGCCGCCGAGGGCGAGGAGGCCGCCGAUGAAGACGGCACCGAUGCGCGGAGAGUGCCCAUCAAGACGGCAAAGGCCUACGCAGACGAGGAGAGCCUGCUGUUCUUCGAGACGAGUGCGAAGACGGGGCAGAACGUCGCAGACGUCUUCACAGCCAUCGCGAACGCCAUUCCAGAGACGAGCCUCAAGGGCCCGCGUGGCGUCGGCGGCCAGACGACCCUGAACAGGCAAGAGGAUGCGCGCGUGAAUUUGGGGAGUGCCCGGACCGAGGGCGCCAAGGAGGGCUGCGCGUGCUGAGGGAUACCAGACUGGAUAUUGUAGUAAUGCAGGCAGCGCCUGUUGUUGUUUUUGCACUCCCCGGGCCCAUGGCGUUGACUGUGUAUAGUGCUCUAUUUUCCCGCGACAAGCUUUCGAAUGCACAGCCGUAAUUUCCAAUACUUGACAUUCGCCACAUGAUCCCAAUACGAACUGCGCUCUAGACCUCAGCCUGCUCAGCCUUGCGCACCUCACGUGCCCAGCGAGUCUGCCUUUGAUUCAACGUUACUGCUCCACGGUGAACCAACGUAGGUGCGCCACAUCUCGGCAGCCCCCCUCAUUGCCGUCUUAUCCGGACACAACCCAAGAACGUAGUCAGUACGUGCACAACACCAGGAAUCGCAAUAUUGGAUCCUGAACGAGAGUGAACGCCUUACGCACGCAAACCACAUGACUGGGUACGUGCGUCAUGCUUUACACCUGUCUACAUCGAACACCGCUGACUGC